AUGACUCCGACAAUGGGAAAGCAUUUGGCAAGGCUCCUAGUGAGCAUCUCGCUCUCCACUUCCCUCGUUUUUGCCCUACCUCAACCUCAACCCACAUCUCAAUCGCAGACCCUCCUCUCCGACUGGUUCGAUCCGUUCAACUUCUCAUCCAUCACCAAAAUCGCCGCCAUCGGGGACUCGUACUCCACCGGCCUCGGCGCGGGCGUCCCCCUCAACAGCCUUAACGCACAAUCCUGCCGGCGCUACGACCACGCCUACCCCGUCCUCGUCACCCAACAUCCCGCAUUCGCCUACAGGUUGCCACCAGAUUUCCAAUUCCUGUCAUGCUCGGGCGCACUAGUGAAAGAUGUCCUUGAUGAGCAAGCGCGCAAGCUCGACGCUGGUCAGGACGUCAUCGUGGUGUCUGCGGGUGGCAAUGACGCCCUGCUCGUUGACGUGCUGAACCAGUGCGUGUUCCAGAAUUUUGCGCCGACGAAGGAGGCGGUGCGGGAGAUGGCGAAGAGUCCGGUAGGUUCGCUGAUUCCGGACUUGAUGAGGUAUGCGAGAACUUGUGAGGAGAUGCUUGAUGCUUCGGAGAAAGCGAUUGAGAGUGCGGGUUUCAAGGAUGAGUUGGACGCUUUGCUUGAUGUGGCGGUGAGUAAGUUGAGUGAGAAUGGCCAGGUUUACUAUACGGGGUACGCGAAGUUUUGGUCGGGCGAGAUGGCCGAAGAUGACCAGUGUAGCGGAGUUAGCUGGUCUGUUUUCUUGUCGAACGCGGGCAGGCGGGACUUCCAGACGCCGAUCAAACUCACCGUUGCGCACAGAAAGCGCAUGAAUGACCUCGUUGCCAAAAUGAACAAGAAAAUCGCAGACGCGGUAAAAAAACACAGCGACAAAGCCACGUCCGGUCUUAAGUUCUACGAGCUCGAUAUCAGUGACCCUUUCGGCACGAUCCCUCUCAAGCGAAGUGACAGUGACAGCACCAACAUUCACCCCAACACCUUCGACGACGCCAUGAACCAACUCGCGCACUAUGCACUCUUAGCCGGCUCAACUAUCAAGCACGAACCCCAACCUCACGGCAUCAACGCCGUCGGCUCCAGCGAAAUCACAAACAUAGACGCAAAGCUCCCGAAUCUGCACCCCCCCGGCUACAGCCGUGCCUUCCACCCGCAGAUCCCCGGCCACCAAGCCAUCGCCAACGUCAUCGUGGCCAAAAUCGCCGAGCAUAACGCGAGAGUCUACGCCAUACCCAUCAACGAGCACAGCACGAGCGACACGUGCUCUCUGACCAAUAUCGCGCGCCUCAAGCCCACCCAGUACUACUGCGACCUCAACCAGACGUCGGGAUUGCCGUUCAACGUCUUCAGCGGGAUGUACGACCGCUUCUGCGCGGAAUUACCCCCUUACGGCGACUCCUGGACCGUUGACAGCCGGGGCUUCAAAGUGAAUAACACGGUGCAUCCUGGGCAUGGGGUCGUGAAGAGGGGAAUGUUGACCCCGCCGCCGAACCCUAGCUUGUAUGAGGGGUACCGCACGACUUUGCAGCUUGCACGCGGUGAGAACGGCCUCGAGUGCACUAAGAACUGUAGCGAGGCUUUUGCGUUCUUGGUCGAUAGUCCUUGCGGUCAUACUGGCGCUCAGCAGAAUGUUAUGGCACUGACGGGGAGGGUUUUUGAUGACUGUGGUACGUACGAAUACAGAAUUACGCCGCCAUAGGGGUAUUGGGUGGCAAGGUGCUCAUUGCGCAAGGUAGGGGGGCGGUCAAGUACGGAAGGGGUGGAUGGGAAAUGCCCUCGCAAAAACAAUGGGUAUAGAAGCUAGAAACAACCAAACAAUGGCAACGCUACGCCC